AUGGAUUUAGUUCUUGAGUUCUUUGACGCCUAUGGACUGGACUACGUCUAUGCACAUCUCUUCCCGGCUUCACUGGGAUCGAAGAUUCCGCUUUCAGUGCAACAGUCGUUGGCCCUGAGCAACUCCACCAGCUCGAUCAACGAAGUUGUGUCUGAGCUGGUGCAGUCGGAAAAGUACGGUGUCUUGCCUGUGUGGUUCCGCACAACAGCGGACACAUAUGCCUCGCUCUUACCAAGAACAAACCUGUUGAGACAAACGCUAUCGCUGUUUGUCCUUUUCAGCAUUUUCGGGUGGGCAUUAUAUCUUUCCGUUGCUUCGAUGAGUUAUCUCUUUGUAUUUGACAAGGCAAUCUUCAACCAUCCAAGAUAUCUCAAGAACCAGAUGUCUCUGGAGAUACAAAUGGCGAUCUCUUCGAUCCCAGUCAUGGUGUUACUCACAAUCCCAUGGUUCCUCUUGGAGCUCCAAGGCUACUCGAAACUUUACUGGGACGUUGACUCCGUGUACGGUGGAUGGUGGGCAAUCCUGUGGCAAUACCCUUGUUUCAUCAUGUUCACCGACUUUGGUAUUUACUUGAUCCACAGAUGGCUCCACUGGCCUGGGGUUUACAGGGCACUGCACAAACCACACCACAAAUGGUUGGUGACCACCCCAUUCGCAUCGCACGCGUUCCACCCUGUGGAUGGAUAUGCUCAGUCGCUGCCUUACCAUAUUUAUCCUUUCCUUUUCCCGCUUCACAAGUUGAGUUAUCUGAUCCUCUUCACAUUUGUUAACUUCUGGACCGUGAUGAUCCACGACGGUGAGUACCUAUCAAGGGAUCCCGUCAUCAACGGUGCUGCUUGCCACACAAUCCACCACCUGUACUUCAACUACAACUAUGGUCAAUUCACCACUCUUUGGGAUAGAAUUGGUAACAGUUACAGGGAACCAGACCAAGAGCUGUUCGACAAGAGUAAAAAGAAGGAUAAAACAACUUGGGAAACCCAAAUCGAAAAGAUGGAGGCCAUAAAGAAGGUUGUUGAGGCUGAUGACGUUGAUGACAGAGUCUACAUCGAUACCGCUGACUCUAAGAAAAAUAAAUGAUACGAUAAACAUAUACACUUUCUCCUUUUAUUUUCACUAAUUGGAACGGUUACGAUGAACGGUAAGGAAUUACAACUUAUAUUUAGGAAAAACAAAAAAACAAUUGAAUGAAGAUGAUAUGCCAUUUGUGUACUUUCUGGUCUUUCUCUUGUAGUUGGGCUGUUUUUGUAUGGCUGUCCUAAUACGUUUGCCGCUAUAUUGAUGUAGGAAGUGUUUUUGUACACAAAACUCAUCUGCCUGGGAAAGGAGUAAAAUGGUGGUUAUAUCACCUUCAUCAGGAGGUCUCUGAAGAGGUUGUGGGAUUGACUGUUGAGCCAAACAUGCCAAAACUCACGGUGCUUAUUAGUCUGUCGAUACUUGAAGGAACAACCACAUCAGUAGAUCCGAAAUUCUAACUAUUCCAC